UUACACAAAUUAGUCAUCACACUAAGACAACUAUAAAUUUUAUCACAUCAUUAUAAACCGGAUGGACAACACAGUGCAGUGUAAUCAUUGUUUUUAUUAAAAAACAUGUUUUUGUUCAAAAUGAUUUGGCAAAUGUAAUGCACACCUUUUUUUUAAAAGUUCCACGUCAUGCUGAUUUUACAUUUACCUAACCAUAAUCUUAGUUUGUAUAUGACGAUGACACAUUAAACAAAAAUGAACUUUACAUGGUUGUAACAGGUGCGAUUAUGCAACAAAAAAGUGUAGUUUCACCUGCUGAUGUCUGUAUACAGAUUUCAAUGUUUGACGAUAUUAAUACAUAACGAUAUCAUUGGGCAGGUGUUGAUAAACUGAUAAAAAAUCAGUCCACGUUAAAAUAUCACCGCGAGUACACACACCGAGCGAUGCGAAUAAUAAUAUCCGUGAAAACGUCAGGAAAACCAUAACCAUGUCAGCGAUGGAACCUUUCGUCAAUUACAAUGACAAAGUGGUCAUUGUGACGGGCGCCAGUUCGGGCAUUGGCGCCGAAGCAGCUAAGUACUUCGCCAAAUUCGGAGCCAGACUGACUUUGGUCGGUCGAAAUGAAGACCGACUAUUGAACACGUCUCGGAUAUGCGAAGAAGAAAAACAAAAGACUCCUGUAUGCCUCCUUCUCGACCUAACUCAUAAAGGGAGCUGUGAAGCAGUGAUUUCAAAAACUGUAGAAGUUUACGGAAAAAUUGACGUUUUAGUGAACUGUGCUGGUGUUAGUUCCAUGUCAUCAGUCUUUGACAAAUCCAUAGAAAUUUUCGACGACAUAAUGGCGAUCAAUCUAAGAGUACCCUUCUAUUUGACGCAGCUAGCUGUGCCGCACCUGAUGAAGACGAAAGGGAAUAUAGUGAAUGUGUCCUUUUCAAUGAUGACGAGGUUCAGGCCAGGGUUUCUUGUGCACAACAUGGCAAAGAUUGCUCUAGAGAGGUUCGCGAAGCAAGCAGCCCCAGAGCUUGGAAUAGAAGGGGUCAGGAUCAACUGCGUUUCACCUGGUAUCACCAGAACUAAUAUUCUUUCUGGGAUGAAAAUAGAGAAUCCAGCUCACCAGAUCAUUUAUGAGAAGCUGGAAUCCAUAUUGCCACAAGGGAAGGUUCUGGAACCCAAGGAGGUGGCAGCGUAUAUUUGUCUGGUGGCUAGUGACGUGUUCCCCCAUAUGAACGGGGGGAAUUUAGUCAUAGAUGGCGCUUCGUCUUUAAUUUAGGAAGCUUUUUCAACAGCAUUAGGCAGGAAGG